UUAUCUCAUUAAUUUCAUCACCCGUUGCCGAUUUACAUCUCAUUAUAAUUAGAUUUUGUGGGUGAUGGUGGUCAUGUGUUAAUUUUUAAGGUCAAUAACUAGUUACAAAGAUGAAACUCCUGCUGCUAGCCUUGCUCUCUUUGUCCACAUUCAACUAUGCUGUAGCUCAAGAUGAACAACAAGACGUAAUCGACCAAGAUUACUUAGUUCAGCUUCUCUUUAGUAUAUCCGAAGCUAGAUUACCGAACUACCUGGUAGAUGUUAUCUAUAAUCGCCCAGUUCAAAAAGGCAUUUCAGUAGACGCUGUUCUAGGAUUAUAUCAAAUCCGAAAUGUCAGCCUCAAUACUACACAGAGUAUCUUAAACGAACUUGAUAUAACUCAAUCGCGAGUCUUCAGUAUUAAUGGCUUUAAUUACACUUUAGAAACAUUCAAUUGGACAUUUACUAAUUUUUAUAACACUCUAGUCAGUAGGAUCAACUUAUCAGGACUUCCCUUAAGGAAUGCAUUGAGACAGCUUAACAUAGACGACGCUCAAUUUUCAGCUGGAAUUGCUUAUGGCGAUCCUGAUCCUUGGCAGGAGUUUAUUAGAGGAAAUUUCACUCAAGUUAACAUGGAAUUAGCUUGCGCAGAGGCUGGUAUAACUUUAGAACAGCUUUGGCAAGGAGUCAGAGAUUUAUUUAUUUUAAACUUGGAAACUUUUCAGAUAGAAGAUUUUAUAAGACUUUUAUUAAAUCACGACAUUACUCAGCGUCAUGCUUUAAUUAUUUGGAGUGCUAUACCGGUUACUUUGGAACAUGUAUACAGUUUACAUUUAUAUAAUGACAUUAUUGGUAAUUUUAGUGAGAGACUCAAUAACCAAACAUCUCUUGGAGUUAUAACAAGUUUACAAGGCAUGGUUACACAUAGGGCAAUUCAUGAUUUAUUUAAAGAAGAAAGGGAACUUCUGAUUAUCCAAGCACAGACGUUGCUUACAAGGACAAUAUUGACAGUUGGGAAUAUAAAUGACACUAUAUACAGAAAUUUGGUCGUGCUUGAACUUAGUCAGGAUGUUUCUCCCAAUCUAACAGUCAUCCCAGUUACGAAUCGCAACGCAGAUGUGACUAAUUGCGACUAUGUCACUUUCCAAAAUAACAAUAUACUGACUGUGAAUGUACCAACUGCUAAUUUUACCAACGAAACCUACGUUAUUCCAACAUCUGUUAUAAAUAACGUUGUACCUGGCAGUGCGUUGGUUUGCAACCAAACAGUCCAUGCAUUAGUUAGGGGAGUUGUAGGGGAUGCUAUUGUGGCAGAUGCCUUCUCAAAUUAUGUAGUACCUGCUCCGCCUAGUUCUGGAAAUAGUUUGUUGGCUGGAAUUCAUAUAAUAGUAACUGUUCUUUUUAUGAUGUUAAUAAUUUAAAUAGGAAAAUGAAAGAAGAUUUAUUUUGGAAAGUUUCACGAAUCAUAAAUAAUAUAUUUUCAUUGUAAAAUUUAAAAAAUACUGUCAUUGUGACUUGAGUAAAUAUAUAAGUAUAUUGUGAACAGAUUAUAAUAAUGUAAAUAUAGGAAUAAAACCUAACAGUUAUGAGCAGUAUUAUUUAAAUAUGUAGGAUUUGUGCAAAAAAUUAAUAUGAAAUUAUCUGCAGAGAAAUAUAGUCAACCAUUUGCGUGUAGAGUAAUGUGUUUUGUUUCAUUAGGUAAUAAUAAUGACAUUAAGCCAUAAAGCCUCGAACAUUAUUACCUACCAAUACCGGCUAUAAAUAAAGCA